GAGACCGACCACAUUCACAUAACUUUUAUUACAGUAUACUGUUAUGAUUGUUCUAUUAGUUGUUGUUAAUCUUUUAUGGUGCCUAAUUCAUAAAUUUAACUUCAUCACAGGUACACAUGUACCGAAAAAACAGUAUAUAUAGGGUCUGGUGUUGUGGUUUCAGGCAUCCACUGAGGGUGUUGGAACUUAACCCACAGAAACGGGGGAAACUACAGUAUCACUGGUUUUGAAGAUGCAAGGGAGCAAUAAACCAAGGAGUUUGGGCAGUCUCUAAAAGCUGAGAAAGGAAAGAAAACAGAUUCUCCCUCCUAGAACCUCCAAGAAAGGAAAGCAGCUCUGGCAACAUUUCAUUUUUAGUUUUUGGGGUUUUUUUUUUUGAGACAGAGUCUCACUCAGUCACCCAAGCUGGAGUGCAAUGUCGCAAUCUCGGCUCACUGCAGCCUCCACCUUCCGGGUUCAAGCCUCCCUCCACCUCCACCCCGAGUAGCUGGAUUGGCAGGCGCGCACCACCACGCCUGGAUGAUUUUUUGUAUUUUUUUUGUAGCGACAGCGUCUCCCUAUGUUGCCCAGGCUGGUCUCCAACGCCUGGGCUCAAGAGAUACGCCCGCCUCAGCCUCCCAAAGUGCUGGGAUUACAGGCGUAAGCCACGGCGCCAGGCCCUUGGAAACUAUAUUGAGCAAGUUCCAUGUGUGAUUCCUUGGCACAAUGAAAUAUGGGAUCAGAUAACUUGCCUCUGAUUUACUACAGUAACAACAACAACAACAAAAUCACUGUCUGCCUUUCCCUUUACAUUCUAAGCUCCAGCUGCAUGCCUCCGUACUCCUCGCGACCUCUCACAGGAAAAGUCAGCGUCGGCCAAAAGCUUCCGGGAUCGGAAUGAGGAGGCGGCUGGAGAAGUUGCUUUCUCCUGAAUAGGGAUUAUCCCAGGCGCAGACGGUCAUUACACGCCGGGGACGCUCAGUCGGUGCGGGUACCCCUGGGCAGGGCCAGCCUCGCAUUCCAGGUUUUCCAUGUGCUUAGAAGACAGUAAUAGACGGUAUAGCAACAGAUCUGACUGCUAACGUGCGAAACCGAUCAGUACUAGCAGUAGCACCAGCAACAGCAGCACGGAAAGCAAAACUGUAAUCUAAACGGCCCUCAGGGUCCAAGCGAGCCCGGCGAAGACUCGCCCAUCCGGUCGCCAGGAAACUGGGAGUCCCGCCCGCCUUUCCGGCACCGAAAAGCGAUCGGCCCUGUCUGGUACCGCAUCCUCCUCUUGACCCCAACGACACUACGACGACGGACGCUUGACAACGCUGCACCGCGCCCCGCAGGAAGUACUUCCCUGGGCGGAAGCUUCUGAGCGUGAUAUAGCGGAAGUGCCUUCUCUUCCGGUCUUUCUGGUCUCGGCCGCAGAAGCGAGAUGACGAAGGGAACGUCAUCGUUUGGAAAGCGUCGCAAUAAGACGCACACAUUGUGCCGCCGCUGUGGCUCUAAGGCCUACCACCUUCAGAAGUCGACCUGUGGCAAAUGUGGCUACCCUGCCAAGCGCAAGAGAAAGUAUAACUGGAGUGCCAAGGCUAAAAGACGAAAUACCACCGGAACUGGUCGAAUGAGGCACCUAAAAAUUGUAUACCGCAGAUUCAGGCAUGGAUUCCGUGAAGGAACAACACCUAAACCCAAGAGGGCAGCUGUUGCAGCAUCCAGUUCAUCUUAAGAAUGUCAACAAUUAGUCAUGCAAUAAAUGUUCUGGUUUUAAAAAAUACAUAUCUGGUGUUUGGUAAGGUAUUUUUAAUCAAUUAGGCUUGUAGUAUCAGUGAAAUACUGUAGGUUUAGGGACUGGGCUAGCUUCAUAUCAGAUUUACUUGUUAAGUGACUGUUUUGGAAUGUUUACUUUUGGACUGGGGUUGUAACACGGUUUAAGGCAAUGAGAAACAAGCAGAAUUCCAGGAGUCCUUGAAGCAGGGGGCAUUGGAAGACAAUACAGCAGAUUAAAAUAGCACAGCUCAUGUGGCAUAGAUGGGUAUUUAAGAUGUUUGAGUAAAUUUGAAAGAGUAUGAUGUUUAAAUUACCUUUGGCAGCAUGUUCAUCUGCUAUACUGUCAUGACUUUAGGGGGAUGAUUAUUAGUCACAUAGAGCUUGAGAGUACCACUGGAAACGUAUGGGUAGGAGUGGCUUCUGUAUUUCAAAAGAUGAUCUUAUCCUAGUAUCUGUAAUGCUGACUUGGCACACCUGAUUUGUGGGCUGUGUGUAAGGUGGCUAGCUAAGUGAAAAAAGCCUGCUAGGUGUGAGUCAACUUAAGAAUAUGUAAAUAGGUUUGACAAAAAGUAGGGCUAGGUGCAAGUAAAGAUUGAGCAAGAAAUAAAGGAAAAUCAAGUAUAAACCCUGAGAUUUGUAGACUAAAGGCAAUGAUGUGGGACUACUUGGUCGAAUUUUUUUAGCCCUCAACUUGGUAAUUGGGUGUUUCUGUGUUAAAGCACUGAAACUUGCUGUCGUGCCUUCCUAGUUUUGGUGGUUUAUUGACAGGGUUGGGUUUUUUGUUCUUUUUUUUUUUUUUUUUUUUUUUUUUUUUUUUUUUUUUUUUUUUUUUUUUUUUUUUUUUUAA